AUGGCAAAUCAAGAGAUCUGCUCCCCUGAAGCGACCUUCGUUGAGAUGGAAGUCAUUCACUGGCUACGCGAAGCCCUCGGCUAUUCUGUGCCUGCUAUGUACACGUCAGCCAGUGGUAUUGGUGGGAUCCUUACCCUUGGGGGCUGCCUGUCCAACACGAUUGCGCUCCUGGCAGCUCGGGAAAAGCUAUUCCCUGGGUCGGGUCUCAAGGGCAUUCCGGUUCUUCCAAGCAAGAUCCGGUCAGGUCCGCCAUGGCAAUCGAUCGACCACCUGGACGCACUGGCUGAAAUUCUGCGCAAGAACGACAUUUGGUUCCAUAUCGACGCCUGCCACGGAAGCCAGCUUAUAUUUUCCGAAAAGUAUGAGCAUAAGCGUCGGGGCGUUGAAAAAGCUGAUUCAAUCACAAUCGACCCGCACAAGACUAUGGCUCUUCCAUACAAUUGCUCAUUCGUGCUCUUCAGGGACCCAAGUGCCCAUGCCGCCACCUCGACUAACUCCGAUCUAAUCCUCAAUACUCAGUGGUCACUAGGUCGAAUCAGCCCUUUCGUUGGGUCCAAGGCAUUCGACGCCUUGAAGCUCUGGUCAACAAUCAGGUUCUUUGGUAGAAAACGCCUUGGCCAACUGAUUGACGAGCGGCUAGACCUUACGAAGGCAAUCCAGCUGGAGAUCGCUCAACGGCCCAGCCUUGUCCUGUUGAACGUGACGGACAUCAACUCGUGCAUGAUGGUGUACAUUCCUAAGGAAAUACAGAACCACUGCCUCGAGCACAGCAUAAGGAUCUCGGAUUCCGACUUGGAAAAGGUGAAUAGACUCAAUCGUGAGAUCAUGGAAGAGAUCCGCGAAGAUGGCACUUACUACGUGCAUGGCUUUCCCAUGAUGAGCUGCUCCCACGACCAGUUAAUCAACCCGGGAAAGCAGGUCUACGUACUUCGGACCAUGAAUGGCAAUCCGGCCUCCACUAUUGGAAACGUCAAAGGUCUCUUUGACAAGAUGGAAAUGGUUGGGCGGGAUUUAUUCGAUAAGUCUCGAUACAGGUUUAUGAGUUACGAAUCAUCAACCCGCUUACAGAUCUUGGAAUCAAAGCUUGACAGGGGGCUCCGCUCAAUUUUUGGCGGCGAGGACUACCUCGCUGUUAUCUACGGUUCCGCUGCACUCCGCAAAAAUGCUCUGUUGUCCGAUAUCGACCUCAUGGUAUUUGCCGACGGCGCCGACUAUGCUCUGCAGAAGAGUCUGGAGGCCAUGUUUCGAUCCACUAUGGGUGAAGAGGGUAUUUUAAUUGACGCCGAAGUCCCACUCGAGCGGAAACUUCUGGUUCCCCUUCAGCUUGCAGCCAAGGCGGCUAAUUCUGGCCCUCCGCUUAAUGAGGCCGGGCAUGUGCUCAGUAUCCGCAAGACGGUGGAGUAUCUCGCGUCUAAUGAGAUGCUGAAGCGGCUGGUUUUUAACGUGCUGACGACGCCGAACAAGAUCAUCUCAGCCAGCGGGGAUAUUACUCCUACUUUUCAAAGGCUACAGCAGGAUGCGGGCGAGAAACUAGUGGCCCUGAUUCGCCGUCUCAACCCGGGCAAAGUGAAUACAGCUGAGGACUUUGUUAGGUUUGCGACUUCGGAUGGCGUUCGCAGUGGGGAGGAGUAUCUCGGCUAUAAAUCCCGUGAUGACGUAGCUGAGAAACUCCGCCGGACCUUUUCUAACAAGUGCUAA